AUCCUAUAUGUUUAGAAGUUGUUUUGUAAAUGUCAACUGGACUGUAUCGAGUAUGCUGGGUCCGACAUCCCUUUCAUGCAACAUCUCUGCCGCUACUAGUUGCAGCCAUGACUUAGUGAUGAGGGUUCAUGCUGCGAGCUAAAGUCUCCGAUAGACAAAAUAACAACUCUGCGCUGGUCAAGAAGUGAGCGUUCUGUACAGACUCUGAGCGACGGCGUGAGCAACGACAGGAUAUAAUUGUUACUCGCCCUGGGGCCGAGGAGAUGCAGUUUGCACCGACCGUUUGUGUUGAAGACGUGGGCUCGAUGGGGGACGUCGAGGACGAAGGAGCUGAGGAAGGGCAGAGCCCUCCCAAUUCUUCGCGUCUCUUCGUGAGCAACAAAGUACGGCCUGGACCAGACGAUAAUCAGCGCACCCGGAAACGAUUCUCGCCCUCACUUGCACGGUGUACGCCGUUAUUGCUACCUGGGACGACGCUCGCUGUUGAGCCUUCGGCAUCAGCGAGCAGUUCGUCACUUCCCGCCGUGUCGACCUCGGCCCUAGCUACAUCCUCACUUGUAGGCAAUGUUGUUGGAGCUUCACCUACCUCCACAGCCAUGUCUCGCGGACGCGAACGACGGAGUACGCUUGAAGCGUGGUGUCGUCUACGUAGUUUUAUCGAUCUAAGGGUCGAUUCGGAGGAGCGCGUGUCUUCGUGGAAGUGGAGAAGUUUUAUCGAGAUUGGCGUUGCAUGACUCUAUCCUAUUCACUUUGCUU